UAUGAAGAGAAUAGCGCGAAAUAAAGUGAGUGAACGAGAGUGCUCAUUCUUCAUUAGCCAUCUUUCAAAUGAGUUGCUCCAUAGCAAUACUAAAUUCUAUAUCCAGUCCUUAUUGUAAAUGUUCUCCAAAGAGCUUAUUUAAGUGGGAUUUAGGGAAUAACAAGAGUAAUGAUGAUAAGCCACAAGUCAGAUAUCAUGAUCUUGAUCUUCCUUUCCCUCCUUCCCUUGUCAGUAAAACAUUCUUGAAAGGAAGGGAACUGAAAUGCUGCUAUAAGGCAUCAGUGGAUGGAUAUAGUGCAACUGAUUUCCACAACAGCUCUGAUUUCAAAGGACCAUGUGUGAUCAUUGGCUACACAACAAAGGCCUUUAAGUUUGGAGCAUUUAAUCCAGAAGGCUACAGAAGUACAGAUGAUUAUUAUGACACUUUUGAUGCAUUUCUCUUUUACUGGGCUGAAGAUGAUCAACAACCAAUAACAUUGCCUAAAGUAGGGGGAAGUGGUGCUGCCCUUUUUGAUUAUGCUAGAGGAGGGCCACAAUUUGGUGCUGAUGGAUUGCUAAUUGGACCUCCAUUGGCUCCUGUCAUGGGUGGAUUUGCAGGACCUGAUACUAAUUCCGGGGUUGGUGAUUUAAGACAAGCUAAAUCAAGAUUGGGACUUUCUUAUGCUAAAAGGCCUGAUGGUAAAGAGUCAUUAUUUGGAGAUGAGUCUAAGGCUGUUAUUGAUGAAGUUCUUGUGUUUUGCUGUCCUCAAAUUGCUAGCUUGUAUUGAUUCAUGUUGACCAUGAAAGUUUGCUCUUUCUGGCAAAAAUGGAUGUCAUUACCUUAGGGAAGACUAAUUAAAUCUCAGGGAUCUUGAGGUGAAUAAGGAAAACAUUUAUUACUAUACUAGGUCAUAAAGUGUAGCACUGUAAAUUUCGCAUUUGUUUGUAUAGAUAUGGGCUGCAAUAGAUUAUCUAACGAGUCAA